UUUUUUCAGGACAAAGUUGGAUUGGAAAAAUGAUUUUGAUCCUUUUUGUUUUUUUUUUUCUUUGGUCUUGGUUAUGGUAACCCCUAAAAUCUAGGAAAUCUAACAAGAAACAAUUGAUGCAAUCAAUACUCUCUUUACAACACUUCUGGAAAAAACAUGACAAUUUCAGGCCAUUUUCAAGAACUCCAAACACCCUUAAAUUCCUCCAAGAAAAUUGUUGGAGGAAUGACUACUCCUUGUACAUCAACAACAAUGAAUUCGCCAAAAACCCAUCAACCCCAUAAGCCCUAUUGGCGCUUUAGCAAGCAAGAUUUCUUCCCUGAACCCUCUUUCAACAAUUGGUCAUCCUACAAGAAUGCAUUGUCCCAUAUCCCAACACGCCUCAAGAACCGUCUUUUUGCACGUUCAACAGAGACAAGUGAAUUGGUUGAACUCAAGAAAGAAUCAGAAAAUGAAAUGAAAAAAUGUCUUACUUGUUGGGAUCUUGUUUGGCUUGGCUUUGGUUCUGUCGUUGGUUCAGGUAUUUUCAGUAUUACUGGUCAAGAAACUAGGAAUAAUGCUGGCCCUGCUAUAAUCCUUUCAUAUGCAAUAUCUGGUCUUUCUGCUUUGCUUUCUGUGUUCUGUUAUACAGAAUUUGCUGUUGAUAUUCCUAUAGCUGGUGGAUCUUUUUCGUUUCUGAGAGUUGAGUUGGGUGAUUUUGUUGCGUUUAUAGCUGCUGCAAAUAUUCUUUUGGAGGCUAUUGUUGGUGCUGCAGGGUUAGGACGUUCAUGGUCAUCGUAUUUUGCUAGUAUUAUAAAGAAUGAUCCUGAUUUUUUGAGAAUCAAGAUUGUUUCUUUUGCUGAAGGGUUUAAUUUGUUGGAUCCAUUAGCUCUUGUGAUUCUUGCACUUGCAAAUGGGUUUGCUAUGACUGGGACAAGGAGAACGUCAAUUUUGAAUUGGCUAAGUUCUAUAGUAAGUGCUGGUGUGAUUGUUUUUAUUAUUGUUGUAGGGUUUAUUCAUGGGAAGACGUCGAAUUUGGUGCCUUUUUUCCCUUUUGGUGCUGGAGGGGUAUUUAGAGCUGCAGCAGUUGUGUAUUGGUCAUAUACAGGUUUUGAUAUGGUUGCUAAUAUGGCCGAGGAAACUAAGAAGCCGUCGAGGGAUAUACCAUUAGGUUUGGUUGGUUCAAUGUCUAUGAUCUCGAUUGUUUAUUGUUUGAUGGCGUUGGCGUUGACCAUGAUGGUUAAGUACACUGAAGUGGAUGUUAAUGCAGCCUAUUCAGUUGCAUUUGAGGGUAUUGGUAUGAAUUGGGCUAAGUAUUUGGUGGGGAUUUGUGCACUUAAGGGAAUGACUACGAGUAUGCUUGUUGGGUCAAUGGGACAAUCUCGAUACACAACUCAGAUUGCAAGAGCACAUAUGAUUCCCCCGUGGUUUGCUUUGGUUCACCCGAAAACUGGAACACCAAUUUAUGCUACUCUCUUGACAACUAUAACUAGCUGCAUUCUUGCGUUGUUCACGAGCUUGGAUGUCUUGUCAAGUGUAUUCUCAUUUAGUACACUUACCAUUUUCAUGCUUAUGGCUGUUGCAUUGCUUGUUAGGCGAUACUACGUUACAGAUGUUACUCCGAAGUAUGAUUUGGCUAAAUUCCUUCUGUGCUUAUUCAUUGUAAUUGGUUCAUCAAUCGGGGCAACAGUUCUUUGGAGUACUAAAGAAAAAGGUUGGAUUGGGUAUACUGUGACUGGCGCUUUGUGGUUUUUGGGCACUUUAGGGAUGGCGCUACUUCCAAAACAAAGACUUCCUAAAGUUUGGGGUGUACCUCUUGUGCCAUGGGUACCAUCAUUGUCAAUUGGGAUGAAUAUAUUCUUGAUAGGUUCUUUGGGUGAAGCGGCAUUUUAUCGGUUCAUUAUAUGCAGUGCUGUAAUGCUGAUUUACUAUGUAUUUGUUGGUGUCCAUGCAACAUAUGAUAUAGCUCAUCCCGAGAAACUGGAUUCCAUUAUUGAAGAGGGAAAAGAAAAUUCCAAUCAAGUGUUGUAGUUGGUAUGAUUCUUUAGACUGCUCCAUGAACUUUGCUCUUAUUUGGUUUUAGAUUCUAGGAGUUGAAUGUAUAGCAAAUGAAUGCAAUGACAUUGAAUUGAUAUGGUUUGUCUUCCCCUAGUUUCCAACUUUUUUUAUUAUCAAGCGACCUUUAUGUAAAUAGUUUGGACAGAAAUGAUGCUUAUUCUGUACAAUACUCUACUAUUGUCCAGCAUAAGAUGGGAAUAUAUGCGAACGAAGAGGGUACCUUUUAUGUGA